CAGCGGGUCAAUUAUGCUUUAGUGAUAUAAUCAUAAUGUGAUGUCAAUAUGAUGUUGAUGCCAACUUGACAUUGUUUUUAAAUUGGUAUUAUGAAACAUUCCUAUGUCACAUCAAGAUCAUAUCAAUAUCAUAUCCUGUAUCACAUUUUUGACGUUUAUGCGAUACUGUUUUAAGUCAAAAAGUUGAACGUAAUACGAAAGAGUUGAUCAUAAUAGGUACGCAUAAGUUGAUGUCAUUUUGAUAUCGCAUUUUUCGGAGAGCAUAAUACGUAAUGUGAAAUUGACAUCAAAACAAUAUCACAAUUAGCGAGCAUAAUUGGCCUGCAGGAAUGCUGAGUCAUAUCCAGUGUUGGCAUCACAUAAAAUACACAUUUACCGUCUGUAGCUGUUUUUUGUUGUUGUUAAUUUUACUUGUACGUUUUGUUUUACUUUUUGUUAUAUGUAUUUUUGACUUUAUGUGUAUGUUAUGUGUUGUCAGCAAUAAAAACAUUUUUCUUUCUUUCUUUCUUUCUAUGGGCAUUGUUCCCCUUGCCUUCCCUAAAACGGGAGAACUUCAACAAAAAAAAAAAAAGGUGACAGCGUUGCGUAUAACAAGUGUGUUUCCAAGUCAUAUGUUUUCAUACAAAUUUCGUAGUUUAGACGUCAUAAUGCGUAGCAUACGUUGCAAACUGCGAUUGUGAGCGAAAUCAAUCAUCUCGCUCGUGUAAGUUGCAGAUAAGGGUUUUGAAAAUGUCGGAUGCCAGCGAUACUUGUUGUCAUAGAAUAUUAGAACUCUACAGUGGCAUUGGAGGCAUGCACUGUGCUUGGAAUAGUGCUGGUAUUAAAGGAAAAGUUGUUGUGGCUGUAGACAUAAAUACUGUUGCUAAUGAGGUUUAUCAAUCAAAUUUUCCUGAUACAAAUAUAUUUAACAGAAAUAUUCAAUCUUUAACUUCAGAUGAAAUCAAUGGAUUAAAAGUGGAUACCAUAUUAAUGUCUCCACCAUGCCAGCCUUUUACACGAAAUGGAAAGCUUCUGGAUGAAAAUGAUACAAGGGCCAAUUCCUUUCUUUAUCUAAUUAAAAUACUAGAAAAACUUAAAAAUAUCAAAUAUAUUUUAAUGGAGAAUGUAAAAGGCUUUGAAAACUCUACUGUUAGAGAUAUAUUUAUUAAAAAAAUUCAACAAUGUAAUUUCAAUUAUCAAGAGUUUCUAAUUUGCCCAACUACUGUUGGUAUUCCAAAUUCUAGAUGUCGAUAUUAUUGCAUAGCAAAGAUAAACCACUCCCCUUGGCAUUUCAAGAGAAAAGAUGAAAUAAUGCAGUGUUUACCAAAACAAUAUGAUGAACCCUUUACUUUGGAUGAAAUUCUCGAAGUUGAUGUGUCUGAUAAAUUUCUUUUAAAAGAUAAAUUUCUGAAACGUGGAAAUAUUUUAGAUAUUUGCUAUAGAGACUGUAGAAGAUCUUGUUGUUUUACAAAAGCAUAUUCUCACUAUCUAGAAGGGACUGGAUCUGUGGUUACUGAAGCAAACAGAGAUAUUGUCCAAAAAUGUUAUGAAUUAGCUAAUAAUACAGAAGUGGGAAGUGAUGAAUUUAUAAAAGCAUUAAAAGGUAUUAAAUUAAGAUUUUUUACUCCUAAAGAAAUAUUAUUGCUUAUGGCUUUCCCAAAAAAUUAUGUAUUUCCAGAUACUAUUACUUUGAAACAGUGUUAUAGGUUAUUGGGAAACAGUGUCAAUGUUAAAGUUAUUAGUGAGUUAAUAAAAAUAUUAUUUGAAUAAAUAGUUAUCAGUUUUAUUUUCAUUAGCCCCAAAGGCUCAUAAAUUAAAUCACUAAACAUUGCAAUUUCUUAUUAGUUUCCGACUAAAUUGAUCCAUUGCUAAGAACUUGUCUCGCCCUUCUUUUUGCUCGAUGGUUGAGGACCCUCAUUCUCAACAUAACUGCAAUUGAAGAUAUGGAGCCUAUGACAAAUGACCAUAUUGUGAAUUUCCAAUAGGCUCUCUCUUCCAAAUAGGCCACCCUGUCACAACU